GGGGGCAAUGGAAUUGUUCUACUAUGUUGUGUUUGGUGCUAUGGCUGCUGUGGUGGCAGUUCUUGAGCUGGGUGGGAAGACUAACAAAGAUCGGAUAACAACUUCACAGGCUUUUAAUUCCUUUAAGAACAAUUACAUUCUUGUGUACUCUCUUAUGAUGGCCGGUGAUUGGCUACAGGGUCCAUAUGUAUAUUACCUUUACAGCACUUAUGGCUUUGUCAAGGGAGAUAUUGGACAGCUAUUCAUUGCUGGAUUUGGAUCUUCCAUGCUGUUUGGCACAAUCGUUGGAUCUCUUGCCGACAAACAGGGUCGGAAGAGGGCAUGUAUAACUUACUGUAUCACUUACAUACUUAGCUGUGUUACCAAGCAUUCCCCUCAAUACAAGAUUCUGAUGGUUGGACGUAUUUUGGGUGGCAUUGCUACUUCUCUACUAUUUUCAGCAUUUGAGUCAUGGCUUGUAGCAGAACACUUUAAGAGGGGUUUUGAUUCCCAAUGGCUCUCACUUACUUUCUCCAAGGCAAUAUUUGUUGGAAAUGGUCUUGUUGCGAUUAUUGCUGGAUUGUUUGGAAAUUUUCUUGUUGAUUCACUAAAUCUCGGCCCUGUGUCUCCUUUUGAUGCUGCGGCCUGCUUUCUUGCCAUUGGAAUGGCUAUCAUAUUAUCAUCAUGGUCGGAGAACUAUGGAGACCCAUCAGAGAGCAAAGACUUGCUCACUCAAUUCAAGGGUGCAGCUGUGGCAAUUGCUUCAGAUGAGAAGAUUGCAUUACUUGGUGCUAUACAAUCUCUAUUUGAAGGUUCCAUGUAUACAUUUGUGUUUCUUUGGACUCCUGCCCUCAGCCCAAAUGAAGAAGACAUUCCCCAUGGUUUUAUUUUUGCAACUUUCAUGAUGGCUUCAAUGUUGGGAAGCUCAUUUGCAGCUCGCCUUAUGGCGAAGAACUCACCUAGAGUUGAGAGCUACAUGCAGAUUGUUUUUGUUGUAUCUUCUGCAUCUCUCUUGCUGCCCAUUCUGACAACUUUCUUGGUACCUCCUUCAAAUGUGAAAGGUGGAGGCAUCACCUUUUCUGGAUGUAUCCAGCUUCUUGGCUUCUGCGCCUUCGAGGCUUGUGUUGGCAUCUUCUGGCCGUCCAUCAUGAAGAUGAGGUCUCAAUUCAUUCCCGAGGAAGCAAGGAGCACCAUAAUGAACUUCUUCAGGAUUCCCCUCAACAUCUUCGUCUGCAUUGUUCUUUACAAUGUCGACGCUUUCCCCAUCACUGUGAUGUUUGGCAUGUGCUCAAUUUUCCUCUUUGUUGCAUCCAUUUUGCAAAGACGGCUUGCAGCCAUUGCGGACAAGCCAAAAACAGAAGAUUGGACAGCGAUGAAGGAAAGGGAUACUGAGGCUGAUCCGUUGAAUGCACCUUGAUUGAGUUUAUCAAGGUGAGCAGUCAAAUAUCGUCUGGAAAUUUGUCUGUGAACGUCUAUUUAUUACCAUAAUCGGCCAUCCGGGUUUAAUAUUAGUUGAGCUUACAAUAUUUGAAGAGCAAUAUGACCAUGGGGGGAUUCAUAAUGGAGUUGUUCUUGCCUAGCUGAUAAGGAAGAGGCAGAUGAGCUAAUGGUGUUAUUCUCAUUCCCCGGUUGUGUUAUUAGAAGACAAACAACGAUUUCCACUAUUUUCGUGCUGCUGGGAUGGUGUUAUUAGUUUCUUCUUUUUCUGACCUUGGUUCAAGUGUUAACUGAGGCCUCUAUAUUUAUGUCAUAUUUUUGAUCUUUUUGACAAUUUUAUCUCCCAAUGUAAUAGUGAAAAGCACAAGUCAAUUCAUUCCUAGCAAAGAUGCAAAUCUUGGGAAGUUCA